GAGAGGUCUGCUGUUACGUCGAAAACUACCUCUGAUACACAGGGUGCGACCAAACCCGAAAAACCAUUUCUGGUGUUCAGCCAAGCAGGCGGGGUGCGGGCCCUGGGUCCUCUGCGUGUCGUACCGCGGCCCUGCAGAGCAGGAGAUGUCGUCGAGGUCGGAGUUGGCUCGCUGCGGCCGCGUGACUGUGGAGUUCGAGAUCGAAGAGGCUCGAGAGGCCCGAGACAGGAAGGCCAGAAGUAUUUCAGGAUCAGCUCUGAUCUACCUCAGGGGGCCCAAGUUCCUGAUUUAUGUCAGUGGUGCAUUGUCAAUGGCGACCGCAUGUGGCACUUCGCCAUCUCCGUCUUCCUCAUCGAGCUCUACGGCCACAACCUGCUGCUGACGGCUGUCUUCGGCCUGGUGGUCGCCGGCUCUGUGCUGCUGCUCGGGGCUCUGAUAGGCGACUGGGUGGACAGGAACCCCAGAAACAAAGUUGCUCACGCAUCCUUGUUCAUUCAGAACAUUUCAGUCACCAUGUGCAGCAUUGUGUUGAUGCUGGUGUUUUCAAACAAGCAGUGGAUUGAACGAGUCUGGGACGGCUGGUUAACGGUGGUUUGUUAUACGGUGGUGAUCAUCCUGGCAGAUGUGGCUAACCUCGCCAGCACAGCCCUCACCAUCGCUAUCCAGAGGGACUGGAUUGUCGUCAUCACUGGCUACAACCGGGGUCACCUUGCAGGAAUGAACGCCACCAUGAGAAGAAUUGAUCAAGUCACCAACAUCCUGGCUCCUCUGGCAGUGGGGCAGGUGAUGACCUUGGCGUCCAAUGUGGUUGGGUGUGGCUUCAUCCUUGGCUGGAACCUGGUGUCCUUGAUCGUGGAGUUUAUCUUCCUGUCCAGAGUGUACCGAAUUGUCCCUGCCUUAUCCCUGAAGCCCACAGCUGAAGAGAGUCAGGAUCCGAGCCUGGAGGAGAAGACUGCAAAGAAGCAGGGGGCUCCCCCGGUCCCUGGGGGCUCAGAGCUCCCAGAAGGGAGCUGCGAAGGCAGCCGGGAGCGAGGGGCCGCCGCCCUGCCGCUGUGCCUCCAGAGGCUCCGGGGCCUGAUCGGCACCUGCCGCGACGGCUGGAGGGCGUACUACAGGCAGCCGGUCUUCCUGACGGGCAUGGGCCUGGCGUUCCUCUACACCACCGUGCUGGGGUUCGACUGCAUCACCACUGGCUACGCCUACACUCAGGGCAUCAGCGGGUCCCUGCUCAGCCUGCUCAUGGGCGUCUCCGCCAUCGCGGGGCUCAUGGGGACGGUGAUCUUCACCAAGCUGAGGAGGCUCUACGGCCUGGUCACCACUGGGGUCAUCUCCAGCUGCCUGCACCUGGGCUGUCUGAUGCUGUGUGUGGUGUCGGUCUUUGCCCCCGGCAGCCCCCUGGACCUCAGCCUGCUGGGCCCCAGCACGGGCGCAAACUCCUCGGCCACGGGGGGCCCUUCGGGGCCCCGGCCGAAGCACACGUACCCCCUGCAGGGCAGCAGCAACCAGCCCCUGCUCCCCGACCGCUCCUCCAUCCACUGGACGAACAACACGGUGCUCCUGGAGAACGUGCCCUCGGGCACGGCCCCCGAGUCCUACACCUCCAUCAUCCUGCUCUUCCUGGGCGUCAUCACGGCCCGGAUCGGCCUGUGGUCCUUCGACCUGACCGUCACCCAGCUCCUGCAGGAGAGCAUCUGUGAGUCGGAGAGGGGGGUGGUGAAUGGGGUGCAGAGCUCCAUGAACUACCUGAUGGACCUGCUGCACUUCGUCAUGGUGAUAUCGGCCCCCCAGCCCCAGCACUUCGGGGUGCUGGUCCUCGUCUCCGUGCUCUUCAUCACCACUGGGCACACCAUGUACUUCGUGUACGCCAGGAAGGCCAGGAGAAGACACGCGCCCGACACCUCCAGCAGAUCCCGUCUCCCACCCCUGCCGCUGCCCGGGACGCCAGUGAAGAGGACUGGGAAGCACAGCGCCUGCCGGUGGGGAGGAGAGGAGGCGGAGCUGAGGGCAGCCCCAGGCCAGCACACCGGCCUCGUCGUAGAAACCGCCUCUCCGCCCGAGACUCUGCGACGAGAAGACUAACUCAUCCCAGGAGCCUGGGAAUCCAACUUCAUGAGCUCUACAUCCAUCGUCGCAGCAACUGAAAGCUGCAAAAACGAAAGAAGUUAACAUUGAUUAGCUGAACGGUUCGACCCAAAUAUUACAUCUCCCUUUUGCAGCUGAUUGACGUGAGUCUAACGUUAAACACAGCGAAAUAUUUCAGUUGGUAUCGGCAUCAAGUCAGUAUGAUGUUGUUUGACAGCAAAAAGAAAACGUUUAAAGGUCAUGUAAAACCAGGUCUUCCUUGAAGAACUGUUUGUGAUGGUUACUUCACAGUUUACUCAGAAGCUGCACACGGAAAACUGGUGUGAUGGUAAUUUCAGGCUUGUAUUACAUUGGAAUAAGCAUUGGGGGAGAUUGUUCUGUUUCGGGCUACUGUCAUAUCACUUCAUUUGCAGAGUGAAUGAAAUCCAACCAGUCACAUCUCCAUCAGCAUCGAGCAGCAUCAGCAGAUGGUCAGAAGAGAACAAAACUCAACCAGGCUGUUUUCAAACUGGCGGUCAUCAUGAAAUAUAUGACAUCGUAGAAGUUAAAGCUAGUUUUCAGUUCAUAAAGAUAGCAAAUACCUGUUUUUCUCUUCUGAUCGUACACAAGGUCUUAGAUUCUAGAAUAUAAUUGUCUGGAGAUCAGCAGAAUUACAUUGUGCUUAUAAGUAUUCAGGUAUUCAUUAGAUAAAUGUGUUUUGAAGGGAACAGAUGAGCUUUUGAGCGUGAUUUAGAACAAACCUGAGACUCUUGGGGAGUUUCAUUUCUAAUUGUUCAUGUAUCAGAUAAGAACAACCCAGGAAAGACUAAAAUAACACAAUGAAAGAUAGGACUCAAGGAAAUUGAUUCUGUAAAGAUGAAUAUUCCCCACCACAUGACCUUAUGGAGAAAGAGUUGAUUUAACUUGGUGCAAUGUUAAGAACAUACAGGGCUCUGUCUUUGUGUGUGGUUACUAGUACAUAGACCUGGAUCUCUUAUUUCCUCCAAGUCUGGAUACUUGAGUACUAGGUUAGCAUCAAAAGAUCGUGUUCAUAUUUAUUCUAGGAUAUCUAUGCAUUGCUAUAUUGUUUGAAAAUCAUGUGUCUGAAUAAUGCACACUGGCUAAUCUACUCUAUUCAUAAUGUAAACCUUGUCUAUCUAUACAAUGUUUCCACCUGGCACAGCCAUUCAUAUUGUCAACAUCAGUACAGUAUAUUGAAGUUUUAUUUAAAAGACAACAGUCUUGUAUUUUAA